UGCACUUGGCCACUCCAAUCCUCACACUUCACACCAGAGACGCGAUAGCUCUGUAUACAGAGACACCUACUUAACACAUGUAGGGAAAGCCGGGAGAUUUACCAUACACUGUGGCCGUCUAGUGUGCAAGCAUGCUUGGUUGUGUCUUUGUUUUUAAAACCAGCCUCUGGAGGAAUCAUACAUGUUAUUACUUCAAGGUCAGCGCAUAGAUUACACUGAAGGUCCAAAAGAUCUGGAAAUUCAGCAUGGGCAGUUAAAUGGUGCCUUGCCUAAAGUACAUGUGACAGCAGUAGACGGUGGAUGUGAAGACACGUCAUGUGCUUGACAGAUUCCAUGGCUUAAAACACUCAGUGGUAUGUUCAGUAUACCCAUCAGCCAUGCUCUCCUGCAUAAAGAAAAAAACUGCAGCAGAUCCAGGUGUUGGAGAAAAUGUUUGCCGUGGAGAGUUUGUGUCUCAUCUAGUGAGGAAACUCUAGCUGAGAGUGCCAGCACACAUUACAUCAAACAGAGGCGGGUAAACACAAUUUAGAAAGGGUGACUUCUCAGUAGAGCACACAAACAACAGGCAUCAUCUGUGUUCCUCUUUGGCCAGCAAACAUGUUCUGUUUGCCUGUUCUCGGUCCUCUGUUGUCUAUCACUGAUCAAUCCUUAAUUUUAGGAAGGAAACAGAACUGACCACUUCUGGUGUUAAACCAAUAGUAGUUUGGGAAGCCUGUGUCCAGAAAGCAAUGUCUUUCCUCUAUUAGGUGUUUUAUUUUUAUUUAUAACUUUUUUUCCCUUAAAUUACUGACAGACUAAUUAACUGACAAUUUAUCGGUUGGCAAGUGUUUUCCCCUCUUUGUUUUAUUGGUAUCUGGACCAGACAUGCAAGGAGGCAUCUGUCAACGAAUAUGUUAUUUCUGGGAGGUGAUUACUGCCGUUUGAACAGAGCAAGCUCUUUAGGCCAGUAUAAGCAAAACUGUUCGAAACUGGCUUGAGGAUAUCUUACGGGAAUGCAUUGGUGUUGAUACUUGAGGAUUUGUUUUGUGAGAGAAAAAAAUAACCAUUGGCACAGAAGAUUGGAGAACACGCUGCAAGAAAAAUACCCAAGUGAUUCAAAGAGUUUUGUUAAGGAAGCUUAAAAUACAAAAUAGAAUAGCACCAUGAAAUAAUACACAGAUUUGAAAAGCAAACUAAAAAAAGAAAGAAAAGUGCUUGAGGAAAUUUUACAUCAGAUUUUUAGAGGGAAAAAAGUCAGGAGUUAAGGAUUAAUAGCAUCUACUUACUUGCAGGAACUAAAGUAAUGUUAUAAAUUUAAAAUAAAUUACAGGGUAAAUGUAUAUGUAUUUUUUUUUAAAUCUAAAAAUAAUUUUUCUUAAAUGUCGAUAAACAGUGAUUACAUGGUAGACAGGAAACCCAACACUGUUGGUCACUGGACUGUAUAAUGAGGAGACUACAUUAAUGCUACUGGUCACUGGCCAAACAAGAAAAUUGUUUGCUGUGCUUCUUUUAACUGCUCCAGAUUAUUCUCCCAUUACCUCGAGAGUAAAAUGAUCUUCUUUUGUGCCAAGCCAAAUGAAUCUGUGCACCUGCUGUCAAUAAAAACAGGGUGUCCAGUCUUUGUCAUCUUUCACCACUGGUAAGUCCGGUGUUUGGUGAGUGGACAACAGUGGUCAGCUGGUGCACCACCUAGUGUGAUCAGACUAUUGUGCUACCUAAAGUGCUAGAGGACUAAUAACAAUGUUUACAUUUCCAGCUUGACAGUGCUUUCAUAUUUUAAUUUCUCACCCUGUAACAACAAUCUCUGUGGAAAGGCUUGUGUUUUAUUUGGCUUUCCUUAUCCAAUGUGUUUCCCAGAUAAUCAAUGCUUCAAAAUUUUAACCACAUGGUUGCAAGAUGUGUGUAUAAUGGUUCAAAUAGCUGAAAGAGGAUCAAUGUUCCUGCAUUCUAAAGACUGCUGAAGGAAGUUAAUUCUGAAUUUAUUUAUUUAUAUCAUAUUUAUUAAUAUUUGUGUCAAUAAGGCAUAGGUUGAAUUCAGUUUGUACAUGAAUGUGAAUCAUGUUUAAGUGUCUGAGAAUGAAAAGUUGGGGAAUACGAAGUGUUAAGGCGCUGUUUUUGACUGCAUUUUCUUUCACAUUUUGCUUCAUACUGUUGCUCAAUGUGAUGGUGCAUCGACUUACUGUUACAAGUGAAAGCAGUGACAGUGAAAUAAAAGAAUAUUCUGUGAAUCAGAAGAAACUACGUCAGCUAAUGGGACCAGAAAUAACAAAAUCUGAUGACAAUUACAUUGAAUCAAACAGACUCGUAUGGCCUGAUCGGAAACCUAAAGCAACCAAUGAAAAAAUAUUAAAUGAUGCUGAUUACCAAAAAGCUUUUGCAUACCAAAAGAAGUCAGUGCUUGAAAAUGAAAAAACUGCCGAAGUUCGGCCUAAACAUUUUAAUGCUGUCAAAAGGUUGCAGUCAUUAACGGUCAAAGAUGAGGAAGUUAUUUCUGACAAAAAUAGUGACAUAAAAAAUACUGACAAAUUGGCUGUAUCUAAAAACAUUGAGAAAGAAGAGAAUUAUGUGUAUGAGGAAGAUAUAAAUAAAGUUGUGAUAAAAGAUGAUGACGAUGAUGAUGACGAUGGUGAUGGUGAAUAUACCUAUGACUCUGAUAAAGAUGACAGUAAAAACAUUCAUGAUAAUCUCAAAUCAAAACAAUUAAAACCUGUCUCAAAUAAUUACACCUCUGAAAAAUGUUUAAAAAAGAAAAACAGUAGCAGGACGCCACCAACUGAAGGUGACUCUGUGCUUGCUCCUCCUGUUAAGUCUAGUCCAAGGAAAAAACUGUUAAAAGAUCUAGUGAAAAAUGGGAUCUACUGGUCAAUGGAAGCAGAAGGAUUUGUUCCUAAAGGUAUGUCAAAAGAUGAGGUGGUGAGAUGGACUGAAACAGUUCGUAAUGGAAAAAUUAUGGAUCUCCAGCCACCAUCUUGGGAACGUUGUGGAAGGCCGAAGAAUGGUUUUGUGGUUAUGAAGGAUGGAAUAAAAUUGUGUGCAAGAUAUCGGCAUCCAUUUAACAAGCUAGUAUUAGGUGAAGUGCUGUCUUUCUACUUGUCAUUACUGCUGAAGAUGGACAAUGUGCCUGCAGUUCUGUUGUCACAAGUGAACAAAACGUCUUCAAAGUGGGAGGGGUCAGACCCCGGCAAACUUGGUUGGGAUGAAAACCAGUAUGUAGCACUCAUACAGUGGAUAGAUGACAUUGAACAUGGAAAUUCCCGUGUGCAGAUGCCUCCAUUGUUGUUUGAGAUUUACAAAACUGGCAGCAGUCUGGACCAGAAUAUAUUGACCAAGCAUAAACUGCAACCAAAGGACAUCUCUAACAUCAUACAGUGGGGAAGCAUGAUUAUCUUUGACUAUCUUACUGGGAAUUAUGACAGAGUUGCAAGCAUGCAGGAUGGAGCAGAGGAACAAAACACACAAACAGUCAUUCAGGACGACAUUCGUAACUUGCGCAAAUCAACCAAAACGGGCAAAUUCUGGCUCAUAGAUAAUGAAAGUGGCCUGUUGGAUGCAUAUGAACUUCUAUACAGGAGCUUUGACUAUGGUGAACGAUUUGUGCGCUUUCAUAAACAAAUGCUGCAGACAAUGUGCAUAUUUCAGCACCCUCUUGUGGAAGCACUCAGAAAUCUUCACAACAGUAUUAAACCUCACGAGCUGCUAGAGCAGUUUGCAAGAAAAUAUGAGCCUUACUAUGACAAGGUCCCAAGAGAUCACACACACUCGCUGUUUCAUACAAUGUUUUCCAAAAGACUGUCCGACGUUAUUUCUUGGAUCCAGCAUUGUGAAUCUCGUGCCAAGAGGUGACACCCACCGAGCAGAAUUAAUGUUUUAAUAUUAUUGUGACAUUCUGUAAUAAAUAUGGUAGAAUCUGAGAAACAAUUAAUGUAAUUUAAUCUGAAUAUUACAUUCAGUUCAAACUGACCAAUAGCUUUUCAAGUGAUGAUAGCGUUAUAUUCUGAUUCUACAAAUUUGUAACAAUGAAUCUGGUGGUAAGUUUGCUCAGAUUUGGGUUUGUGAAAUCCAUCUUAGGUUUCCAGAAAUCAAAAUACACAUGUAUGUAGGUGAAGUUUGUGAAAGAUUUUUAAAGUAAAAAAUGAACAUAUUUUUAAUUAAUCUUUACCGGGUAUUCACACAUGAAAAAUGAUGGAUGAAACAUCAUUAACUGUCUGAAAGAAUUGGCCACCCAUUUUUCACUAGACUUUUAAAUACCAACUGAUGUAGCCAGCUGGUAACAUUUAAUAUGAAAUUAAUAAUAAAUUAAAUGUCAUUUUUUCAAAAUGGGGGGUGCAUGGGGUGCUUCUUGGGCUGCUCUUUUUGAUUAGCAGCAAGGGAUCUUUUAUAUGCACCAUCCCACAGACAAGAUAGUACAUACCACGGCCUUUGAUAUGCCAGUCGUGGUGAACUGCCUGGAACGAGAAAUAGCCCAAUGGGCCACCGACGGGGAUCGAUCCCAGAUCGACUACACAUCGAGCAAGUGCUUUACCACUGGGCUACGUCCCGCCCUCCAAAAUAAAAAUGAGGACAGGCCUUUAUCCUGAGGGUGUAGGAUUUAUUUUGUUGUGGCCUAAUGGUUAUUUUACUAAAAUCAGCUCAUUUGUUUAAAAUCAGAUUGGGGAUAACCCUCAUGUGUUUGCCCUUGAUUUGCUGAUGCAGAUUUCCCUCUUUAUUGGUGAUGCGUCAGUCGAGAGGUCACAGACUACAUUUGUGACAAUAAAACCACCAAUAUACAUCUGCAGAUUGGAAAACACAGAUGGGUUAUCCGCUGAUUUUCGAGAAUCCUUAUUUAAUUAAAUGAAAAAUCUUAUUUUAUUACUUAGAAUCCAGUGAACUACAAGGAGCAGGAUGUAACUUUGUGGUUAAAGUACUCCCAGGAGGUGUGACGAGUUGUUUGAUUUUCAUCGGUGGACCCAUUGAAAUAUUUCCCAUUCCAACCCAAUCAACAAAAAUGGUUUUAUUAAGGCAGGGUUAUGCUGUCAUUUGUCAAAUGUGAUGAAUUGAAGUUGAAGUAUUUCAUUACCAUCACCAAAAAGCCAUGCAAUUUAAAAUGGUGUUGUGUGUAUAUAUACUGUGAUUUUGGCUGAUAUAUCCAAGGCCAUAGUUUGUGCUGUCCUGUCUUUCAGGAAUCAGGAAUGCUGUGGAGUUUUUAAUUCUUCAAGGCACUUUUGUUUUGCUAUGGACUAUUCAAUUUUGUUUUCCAUGGCAUGUUUUUUGCAGUAGACAUUUUCUUAAUUGCAGGGGUUGGUGAAUUCCUCUGUAGAAAAAUGUAGUGUGUUUUCUCUGAUGACUACAUGUCAGAGUGACCAAUGGUUUCACACCCAGUAGCUGAUGAUUAAUUUAUCAUAGAGAUGUCUGCUGCUUGCACACAUUCCUAAAUCAUUUAGACAAAGUUGGAAGACAUUGCUUUCUCAUUACCUUCCAGCACUGGCAUAGGAAGUGGGGGAGGGGGGAGGGCAAGGGGAGCAUGUGCACCCUCACUUUUCAGAUAUUUUGCUUUAUAUUUGCUUAAACGUGUGUAAAUAUAAAAGAUAUAAAAGUGUGCCCCUCCCCCCCUUUUUGGCACUUUCCUACGCCACUGCCUUCCAGAAUAAAUGUAUUAAACAGCUGAGAUGAAUCAAUUAGAUUUUUAUUAUUUGACGAAUCUGAAUUUUGUUUUAUUUUAUUUUGUAAAUUAAAAUUAGCAUUGAGCAAAAAGAUUUUCUGACCGAUUUGUUGUCCAGCUUAAAUGCUGUCAAAAGCUGUGGUAUGUGCUGUCUUAUUGCAAGAAAGUGUAUAUAAAAGAUACGUUGUUGCAGCAUUUGGAAGGGAUUGUGGCCUCAGUGGGUUUCUUUCACCAAGUGACAUGAUUGCUAUGUUUGAUACCUAAUAGCUGAGGGUCGGUAAACAAUCCAUUCCUUUUGGAAAUUUCAGUGAAUUACAAAAUAUGUAUAAGACGAAAUAGGACCCUUUGAGUGCAAGUGAGGAGUGAGCAGUCUAACCAUCAAGCUAUAUUCUGCUCUCAAAACUCUGCAAACAGUUAUUCCAUAAAGGCAAAUAGAAUAAAAAAUUUGGUCAGGUCAGGUCAUAGGACUUAACAUGCAUGUUCAGAGCAAGCUGUUGUAGUGCACACCUGUCAUGGGCACAGGUGUCGACUUAUGCCGGCUCCUUCGUCAAGGACAGGAUGUUUGUUUCUCAGAUUCUACUUUUAUUUAUGAGAUGCUACUCAAUGCUAUAUAUAUGUUACUCUUUUCACAACAGUUGAGCACUAGUGAUCAGAAACAAAUCAUUGUGAUAUAUUUUUUAUUUUUAUUUUUGAAAUAUUAUAUCAUGAAAUCCUCUAAUUUGUCAUUAUAGUCCCAGAUCCAGUAAUCAUUAAAUGGCAAUGACAAGAAAUCCUACACUGAUACUCUUUGUACUUGAAGAUACCGAAUUAAUAAUGUGUCCAUUACUUCUGACAGUUAUAAAUAAAAUCCUCCAGAGUAAUUAACUGUCAUAAAAGCAUGGAAUAAUUUUCAUGAAACAGAUACCAUCAGUAAUGGUACAUGUAUGUAUGUACAUGAUAUUUAGGCUAUAUGUAAAUCAUAAAGUAUUUAUAAACAAUUCUGAUGUUUAAGCUAAAAUAUAUUAUUCACGUAACUCCAAUAAACAUUUAUACUUUACAGCAUGACAAAAGGCACAUAAUUGUUAUAUUAGUACAUUUCAGUUGCUGUGCCAGGACAAAGUCCCAAAUGUGCCACAGUAGUACAGUAGUUUUAUUAAUGAAAUCGUGAAUCUGUUUUAAAUGUACUAAAUUACCCAGAAGGAAAAGGUGAUUUGAUUCUUUGUUUUUAUGCCAGUUACUGGAUAAGUAUUGAAAAAAGAAUAGAGGCUCACAUGUUUGGAUUUGGUUUGGUAUGCUAGAUGCAUCAAGCAAACUAAAGGUGCAUCCUAACCAGCCGCGUAUGAUGCGAGCGAUUUUUUUUAGAAACCACUGAUUUCCAUUGAAGCAUCCUAACUGCACGCGCACGACGCGACAGAUUUAUAUGUCGUGUUGCACGCGUGCGGUUAGGAUACGGCAAUUGAAAUCAAUGAUAUCUAAAAUAAUUGCUCGCAUCUCGGGUGGCCGGUUAGGAUAAAGCUUUAUACCCGCUCUGAAAUAACUCCAUUUAUAGCUAUAUAUACAGAUAAAACAUGUAAUUAUGUUUGAAAAGAUAUUUAGUUUAAAUAUUUUAUAGACAAAAACACUUUUUGUGGGGGGGGGUUUAAUAAACCUUUUUGUACUUUGAUCUGCCAUUUUUGUUACCAUGGCAAAAAAAUAUGUUAAAAAGUUACGAAUUCAGAUUUAAAAAAUGUUAUUACAUGUACAUACUUUUUAACAGGCAGUUUGUCUUUGUGACAUAUUGUUCAGUUGAAAAUAAUAGUACAUUGGUGCAUUCACAAAGUUAAGUUAAUUAAGUUUUAAAUUAAAAUAGUUUGCUGUAUACAGUACACCUGAAAGUAUUUAUUUUACUUGAAUAUGAACUUCAUAUUUAUGUGCUCCAACUUGUACUCCAACUUGUACUCCUUAAAGUCAGCGGCAUCUAGGGAAGGCGUAAAUAACACCUGUCUGAAGGUUGAUGCCAAGUGAAACAAUAUUUGUGUUUAUAUGUUCUCAGUGUAUGGUGUGCACAUGUAGUGCAUAGCUAUGUUAAAGGCACAGGCCCUAGUUUCAAUCCGUAAAAACAGACACAAAGUUUGGUUGAUAUACAAACCUGUGACACAUUUGGAUAACAUUACAAGAGAGUGAAACAAAGAGUCUGUGACAUUGAAAAGGUGAAAUAUCGUUAAAGAUAGACUAAAACUCUACUCCAUAACUGUUGUUUCUCAGACACAUAUGUUAAGUUUUUUAAAAUAUGAAAAUGCAUUUUGUAACAGUAAAAUGUAAGUACUGUUUGAUUUCAGUGAUCCUAAAUGGCUGUAAUAGUGAAAAAAUAUGCUGUAGUGUUUAAUAGCUAGGGUCUGUCCCUUUAAAAAAAGAAAGACAAAAGUGGGUGAUUCUUUCAUUUUCUUAAAGUGGGUGGCAUAAUAUGAGCCUUUUUCUAGGUAAAUAAUGUUCUACUUUUUUUUAGAGUGCCAUAGUUCAAUGCCAGACCAAUAUAUAUAAUCAAUGUACAGCAUUGUGACUGGAUUAUUGUCACAGCACUGAUGACUACAGUGUUUCAAUAUAGACAAUAUGUACAGGUAAACAUUCCUGUGAUACCCUGUUUACAAAGACUAUUUUUCAUGCAAUACCUGUUGAUAGUAGAUGUAAUAUAUUUGAGAUGCCAGAUAAACUUACAAGUGGUAUGCUUGGUUAUUGGGACACUUUCAGUGUUUUGAUUGACUGCCAAUAGUAACAAAUGUCAAUCAAAACAUCAAAAGUGUGCAAUAACCAUGCAUACUACUACAUGUAUUAAGAAACAUGUACCAUGCUCUUAAGUGACAUUGCAUGAUGCGAUAAUUUUUUUUGGCUCAGUUAGAAGUAGAUUGUAUUACGCACUUUUGUCAGAGAGAAUGCAACCUAAGCAUGGUUCAAGUAACAAAUAUAACUGCUUCCCAUAACAAUACUUUGCAUAAGAGCUAUAAAAAUUUGAUGUACAUUAAUUAUUACCCGCAUUUCAACCACUCAAAUUAUUUGUUAUCUUUACCUGAUCAACUAAAAACACCCAUAACAUAUAUUACUGAUUUUGAGUGUCUAAUAAUCCACACUCAGUUGGUAUUCUGAAUAAAUAAACAUUUUUUAUUCUGAAAGUCUUGAAGUAAGCAAUUUGAUACUCAAAAAGCUUAAUAUAACAUUUGCCUUUUAUAAUUCUGAGGGCAAGUAUGAUAAAUGGUAUUUUGAAGUUUCACUCCCCACAGGUUUUUAGUUCACAUUGUUUAAUGUUUGCCAUGUUUACAAAUUUUCACAUUUUGCCAUGUGUACAGUUGGUUCAUGUUGCCAAUUUUACAGUUAGUUCAUAUGUCAUUUUUUGUCAUUUUAACUUGUUCAAAUUGUUACAUAUACCAAAUUUGUUUAUUAAACAAUUCAUCUCA